AUGAAUAAUAACAACCGUCAGGAUUCUACUGAAGAUUUAACCAAUGCCAUCACUGAUGAUGAUACUCAAGAAUACAUUGUUGAGGAACAUGAACCUGAAACAGGUACAUUUCGUAUGCCUCCUUUGCGAAUGCCUACAACUGAAAUAAGCGUAACACAAACCUUCCUUGAUCCAAAUGUACCUGCUGAAGAAACUGAAACUGAAACUGAAACUGAAGCUGAAAGAAGAAACAGGCGAAUUUGGGAAGAGCAUUAUGCAGAGUUGCGUGAAGGAAUGUCAGAGAGACUCGAGAGAGAAAGACGUCUUCAAGAACGCAGGCAAUUUCUUAGAAGAAUCAGAGGACAAACAUUGAACCAAAGAAUAAGAAGAAGUAGAAGAAGGCCUCGUCCUUCGGUACCCAAUCAACCAUUCAGUUCACAUCAGGAGCAAGAAUUGCAAGAGUUAAUAGAACGUCUGAUCAUAACUAAUCCAAGAAUAAGGGUGAGAACUGAUCAUACAUCAAGAGGUAGAGCUGAGAGUUUAAUAUCUACAUGGCCUUCAGCGGAAGAAUUGCCACAAGAACAGCCUGAAGAACAAACAAGCAGGAGAAGACGUUUAGUAGCAUCACCUUCACCACCUGCCCAAGAGCCAGUAGUAGCUCCUCCUCAAGAAACAGGCAGGAGAAGACGAUUAGUGCUGUCACCCUCACCUCCAGGUGAAGCUUCGGAAACUGCCCCACCUAGGCGAAGACGACGAAUGCUUGUCGCAACUUCCUCAUCAUCUGAAGAAGACGAAGAAAUGACCGAAAGAUCGCCAUCGCCUGAAGAGGUUGAUCAGCCUCCUACUCUCAACAUGCAAGGGUACAAUGAGAUCUUUCAAAAUCUCGAAACUGAUGAAGAGCGUAUAAACUUCAUAUUCAAAGGUCAGUAUCGCGAUCGUAGAUACGGCCUUCAUCAAGAACCAACAACACCGUUGCAAGGCCUUUUUUAUGCUGUAGACAUUGAUGCUGUGUCUAUCCUUUGCCAUGAAAUCCCUAUUGCUGAAGGAACUCCACUCUCCUUGUAUAUCUUACCAGAUUUCAGGCUUGUGGUUAAGCAAAACAAAGGAAUAUACUAUGAAGGAAGACCUCUGAACAAGAUUCCUAAUAUGUAUAUGGCCAGCUUUGGCCAUACAAAUCGAUUUAAAGUUAAUAUCUUUUUUCCAAACAUUGGCAUUGAUACCUGUGAUGUUCAAAACGAGGCUGUUGACUUCUUUGUGGAUCGCAUCUUGCUGCCAGCCCUACGUGAAGUUUCUAUGCCACAGUCAUUGCAUCGAAUCCCAUCUAGUGCGCAAGCUGAAAGAAGCAGAGCAUCAAGACGAAGAGGUAUUUACUCAUUUGAUCCCAUCUACUACUAUGAGAAUGAAAACAUGGACACACUUGCUGCUUGUAUGCGUCGUCAAAUACAAAAUGUAAACGCGACGGACAACAGAUAUGAGUCAUAUCAUGCGUUUGAUAACUUCUUCUUUUUUGUUUAUACUUACGGUAACAAGAGCGAAAUUGAAGUACAUCAAGAAGCUGAUAGAGCCUUUUAUCAACAGCAAUUUACCAACGCUUUCAGUGACUUGAACUAUCAUACCAUAGAUCCAAGAAAUGUAUUUUUAGAUAUUGGCGUGCAUAUCGGCAGAGAGGGAUCAACUGGACUUUGGUUGCUAAAUAACAACAAUUCUCCCGUGCUUGAUUUGUAUUUUGAGCAAGUGAAUCGGUCAGAAAAAUAUCUUCGUUUGGACAGAUUCGCACAUAUUACUAACAUUGGUGGUUGCUCAUACAGAGCUCAUAUUCCUGGUGGUGUUGGCCAUCAUCGCUUAAUAAGACUCCAAUGCUACCAUACCAUGAAAAGUCCCUAUUAUGCGAGAGACUCGUCUGGGUACCGGCACAGUGCUUUUGAUCUUACUGCUGAUCAGUUGUAUAAAAAUACUGAGCUUGCGAUCAAUACAAUGCAUCAAGUGCAACGAAUCUUGAUGGAAAACCAAUGGUCAACUUACCCAGCUCGUAUAGAGUUCAGUCUUAAUAUGGAUAAUGCUUUUAACCUCUUGAUCAAUAUGGACGCUGAGAUAAACCGUAUCUUGAACAGUCGGGAACCGUUGAUAACUUUUAUAGAUACCCAAACUGUCUCCUUGUUCAUUGUCAAUAUGAUACACUCGUUGUUGUUGUAUUAUCAGAGUGUUGCAAAUCAAAGAGGUUUGAUCAACACAGAGCAAAGUUUGACUACGCUUGCACUGAUUUCGUAUUACUACAGUGGUGUCUUAUCUCGGCCAUAUGAUUACAGUUACUAUAGAAGAUUGAUUCAACUUUUGAGUCGAUUGCGAUCUCCAGUGGGAUCAUUGUUCCAAUUUGAUCAAGAAAAUUUUGAAUUCAAUCUGGAAACUCGUCGUUGGGAAAUAACAGAGAUGUUGGAUAUGGAUCAGCUGUUACGAAUCUUUUACAAGUCAGCACUAGACAUUCGUAGAGGCACCACUGCUCGAGAUCGCUUUGCGCCACCGCCACUACGUCAGUUUACGGCACCUACUGAGCAACAAGUUCAACACGAGCCUGUUUUACGACAAAGAUAUACUGAACCUCUCGUUCAAUUAGUAGAUCGGGCAUUUCCUCAAGAAGAAAGAAGAAACUUUCGAGUGAGAGUAACUCGACUUGCACAACGACCUCCACCACGCGACUAUACAGCUCCGAACGUGCAACAAGAUCAGCCCGGACUUCCUUUACGUCAGAGAGGAACACUCUUUGCGCCACUGCCUACUAGUGACUACACGGCUCCGACCCAGGUACAAAGUGUAGAGAUAUUUGACAUUGGGCAGUAUCAAGCUGAUCCUACCGCACCAAUAUGGCCAUUGAUAUUCGAAAGAGAAGCGUAUAAUCGUAGUACUGGGCAAUUUCGUUUCUAUGUCAAUUUGAUUCAAAGGGAAGGUAUCACACAGAAAGUAAUUGACACUCUCUUGAGUUGUCUUGCCUUUGAAAUAUUUAACUUGCACACGCCUGCUACAAUUGCAAACUGCUUGGUUCGAGGCAAACAAGUAGAAGAUAUCACUUUGAGGGUAUUACAGUCAGAGGAUCAGUUUAAUGCCACUUUCAAUGUCAAUACAGUUCAUAUUGUAGAUGCCACUCUGCUCGACUCUGCCAAAGACAUUUUCCCUGACCCCUCAACUAGAGAUAUUGCGACUUUAUAUGUACAAACAAUCUCUUCAGCAGCAAGAAUCAAAUAUGUCCACUGUCGAGUCGCCUAUCUUUAUAUGAUAGCCAAUUUUAAUUCAGGUGGUUUAUAUACUGAAGCUCAAGAGUUUCAUAAGCUCGUUGUAGAAAGAAUGCAGGCCGUGUUUCGUUUUUUCCCUGUUUUUAGAAGCGACAUCAACCUUCUUCGAUUUGGUAUUAUAAGAGGUGUUAAUCGUUUACACUUCCACAGAAAUACUACAUUCAUUUAA